AUGAGAGAGCUAGAUAUUGGUUUUAUAAUUUGCCCUGGUGGAGGGACGAAAACUGACUUCUUCCUGAAUAUGUUCCUCGUUUCGAUAAAGAGCAUCCUUACUUUCACAAACUGCCAUAUCAACUUCCGAAUCGCCACUGACAACCCAAUUUCUGUCCAGAACUUCAUCUCCACUUCUAUACCCGAUCUGAACCACACAUUUUUCGACAUCCGAAAAGACAAUACGUCUCCCGAAAUGGACUCACUUCGCGAAACUCUGAAAUUCAAAGGCUGUGGCCACUUGAAAGUCGUUUUCCAUCAAACUUUCCCAGAGUUGAAAAGAUUGAUGUUGCUCGAUGCAGAUACGAUUAUUCUCAGGCCGAUUGAGGAGCUUUUUGAAAUUUUUGACCAUUUGCCGAAUAAUACAGUUAUCGGAAUGGCUCAAGAACAUCCUCAUAAAGAGCAUGGCAAAGGAUAA